CUUGCAUUGUAUCUUCCAAUUUCUCUCCACCACGCAAAUUAAUCUCCUCCUUGAGCCUCGUUAAAACAAACUUCCUUUUGUCUUCUCUCUCAUCUCAUCUCAGAUCUAAAACGAUUUCCCUUUCAAUUUCACGAACGACAAUGGCUUCCACUCCUUCAGCUCGCGAGGAGAACGUCUACAUGGCCAAGCUUGCUGAGCAAGCUGAGCGUUACGAGGAGAUGGUUGAGUUCAUGGAAAAGGUUUCAGCUUCCUCUGAGAAUUCUGAAGAGCUCAACGUAGAAGAACGUAACCUCCUCUCCGUUGCCUACAAGAAUGUUAUCGGGGCGCGUAGAGCCUCAUGGCGUAUAAUAUCCUCCAUUGAACAGAAAGAGGAGAGCCGUGGAAACGAAGGCCACGUCUCUACGAUCCGAGAUUACCGUUCAAAGAUCGAGACCGAGCUGUCCUCGAUCUGUGACGGGAUCUUGAAGCUGCUCGACUCUCGGCUCAUUCCCUCGGCUUCAUCUGGUGACUCCAAAGUUUUUUAUUUGAAGAUGAAAGGAGAUUACCAUAGGUACUUGGCCGAGUUCAAGACCGGAGCCGAGCGAAAAGAAGCUGCUGAGAGUACUCUCACUGCCUACAAAUCGGCUCAGGAUAUUGCAAACGCAGAACUGGCUCCCACUCAUCCAAUUCGUCUAGGACUGGCUCUCAACUUCUCUGUGUUCUACUAUGAGAUUCUGAAUUCUCCUGAUCGCGCUUGCAAUCUUGCCAAGCAGGCUUUUGACGAGGCAAUUGCCGAGUUAGAUACCCUUGGUGAAGAGUCAUAUAAGGACAGCACUCUGAUCAUGCAGCUACUCCGUGAUAAUCUCACUCUCUGGACAUCCGACAUACCGGAUGAUGGAGCUGAUGAAAUUAAAGAAGCCACCAAGCCUGACAGUGAACAGCAGUGAGAAUUCAGUCAGCUUCUCCUCUGUGUUUUUAAUGGGAGAUGUUGCUUGUUGUUAGCUUCUAUGCACUUGGGUUUUUAGGCAUUCUUGCCUUGUUUAUUCGAAUCAUGGAUGUACUAAGGUUCUUUUUUUAAGUUUUUGACAUAAAAUUAUGUGUUUAUGAAUGUUUAUUUUUCGUGAAGAUAUUGAAUGAUAUGUUUACAUGGUCUUGUUAA